AGGGCGGGGCCCAACGGCUGGGAGAAGGGAGAGGCGCGGAGCACGUGCGCCCGGCCUCGCGGGGCCCCACAGGACGCAGCCACGUGCGCCUGCGGGGAGGCCGGGACGGGCGGGGGCGGCCCCCUCCCCCAACGGCCGCGCCCCGCCCGGCUUUGUCCGCAGCCCGCCCAGCCUCCCCGCGCCUCGCCAGCCUCCCAAAAUGGCCCCUCGUCAGGAAAUGGCGCCGCCGCCCGCGCUCGCUCCACCGGAGGGUCGGCCCGCGCCCGAGAGAGCCUCCCCCUCCACAGCUCCCGGGACCCCACCCUGGAGCACCACUGCCCACCCGACCUCGAAGGAGACGCGGCCCAAGGGCUCGUCAUCGGCCGUGAUGUCGAAGAACACGGUGGGGUUGACCAUGGCUGCAGGAAGCGGCGAAAAGCGACAGUGGCGUCUGCAAAGCGGCACGAGCCUCGCCGCGGCUUCCUUUAUACCCGGUUCGGGCCCCGCCCACCACCGAGUCGCGCGCCCGGACCUGGAUCAAUCACAACUGCUUCCCAGACGGAGUGACGGCGCGACAGGCCUAUGGGCGCGCGCGGGCGCGGGUGGGGCGGGGCGCGAGGCGCGCGUGCGCUCUAGCGCGCAGAGGCAGGUUCCCGCCCGCGGGCUCCUACGAGAUGGUUGCGGCGCGGUCGGUGGGGGAAGAGUCCGAGGGCAGUUAGGGAGGAUGGCCACGCAAUCUGGCUGUCCUUAGGAACGCCUUAGUACCCCUGGUCUUCCCCAGUGAUACUGCGUAUCUUCCCAUUGCACAGAGCAAGUAACUGAGGCAAACAUGGACCUCAAGGUCGAGCGGCCCUUCAAGGUCGGGCGGGGUCCUAAGGCGCUGCCCUCGCUGCGGAAACUCGAACCGGCAGGCAUCCCUGGGCCGAGAUCCAGGACCCACACCGGCAUUGUGCAAUGGCUACCGCUUCCUGAUAGGUCCCUGUGAGCGCCUCCGUUUUCUUAAACUCUGGGGAACGGGCACAAGCAGCCCCCUCAUUUUAAAGAUUAUGAAAUACUUUUAAAAUGUCCUACUUUACAAAUAUAUCUUGUGUUUUCUCCAGGAGGAAGCUAUUUAAACAUGAUCCUGGUCAGAGUCUACCUGUAAUUUUUUUCUCCCCGCCCCCACCUCCGACCCCCAGUACCCCAAGGUCUUCUCAUUUCCUCAUGAGGCCUAAGGUGUGCUCUCAAAACAAAGGCUUCACACGCCUGUAAAUCCCACCUCUAGGUAGAUGGAGACAGGAGGAUAGUGAGUUCCAUACAGCCUGAGCUGUAAGUGUGAGGCCCUGCCUCAAAAACAAAGCCUGAGUAUGGGAAAGUCGGAGCUGUGGAAGACCCUUCACCAUAGCGUCUGCUGGAGUUGGCUCCGAGCCCUAAGGCCUUUAGACACAACCUCAGGAAUGUGGGUCUGGCCAUGCCUUAUCUGGAUGAAUCAGACCAAAAGCACAUUAGGUUGAACUACAAAAAGUCUUGAUUUGCCAAACUGGAAAAUUCUGUACCGGUGUGCUUUGUGCAUAUAGCAUCAUGUAAACCUGCUUUUCUCAAAACUCUCUGUUAAGUGCUUGCAGGACAAGCUCAAGGACCAGCGUUUGGAUCCCCAGCACCUAUGUAAAAGCCAGGCCAUUGGGAGGAGUCUGUAAGUCCAGGCCUGGGGGCAAUGGAGACUGACUGGUUAGACA